AUGACUUACGGAUCCAGAGACAACCAGUUUAACAGAGACAACUAUGGCUCUCGUGGCGGAGAUUUCCGCGGCGGAAGACCCUCCGACAGAAACUCUUAUGGUAGAGACUCGUACGGUGGCGGCCGCGGCGGCUUCUCUCGUCCUCCUCCUUCUCAGCCCAUGGAGUUGGUUGCGCCAGACUGGGACCAAGAGCUGCCCAACCUACCAAAGUUCGAGAAGAACUUUUACGUUGAGCACGAGUCUGUCCGCAACCGUUCCGACGCUGAGGUUGAGGAGUUCAGAAAGGCCAACGAAAUGUCCAUUUUGGGUAAGGAUAUUCCAAAGCCCAUCACCACCUUCGACGAGGCCGGAUUCCCAGAAUACGUUUUGUCAGAGGUUAAGGCUGAAGGGUUCGAGAAGCCUACCGGUAUUCAGUGCCAGGGUUGGCCAAUGGCCCUUUCUGGUAGAGACAUGAUCGGUGUCGCUGCCACAGGUUCUGGUAAGACUCUGUCCUACUGUCUACCCGGUAUUGUUCACAUCAACGCUCAGCCUUUGCUAUCUCCUGGAGAUGGUCCUAUCGUGCUGGUGCUGGCGCCAACAAGAGAGUUGGCCGUCCAAAUCCAGACGGAGUGCUCUAAAUUUGGCAAAUCAUCCAGAAUCAGAAAUACCUGUGUCUACGGUGGUGUGCCCCGUGGUCAUCAAAUCAGAGAGCUGACUAGAGGUGCUGAGAUCGUCAUCGCUACCCCAGGUAGAUUGAUCGACAUGUUGGAAAUCGGUAAAACUAACUUGAAGAGAGUUACCUACCUUGUUCUUGACGAGGCAGACCGUAUGUUGGACAUGGGUUUCGAGCCUCAAAUCAGAAAGAUCGUGGACCAGAUCAGACCCGACAGGCAAACUUUGAUGUGGUCUGCUACAUGGCCUAAGGAGGUGCAGCAGCUAGCAAGAGACUACCUACACGACCCUAUCCAGGUUAAUGUCGGUUCUUUGGAGCUUGCUGCUUCUCACAACAUCGCUCAAAUCGUUGAGGUUGUGUCUGAUAUGGAGAAACGUGACCGUUUGUUGAAGCAUCUCGAGACUGCCUCUGAAGACAAGGAUUCCAAGAUUUUGAUUUUCGCUUCCACCAAGAGGACUUGUGACGAGAUCACUCGCUACUUGAGACAAGACGGAUGGCCAGCUUUGGCUAUCCACGGUGACAAAGCCCAAAACGAACGUGACUGGGUUUUGCAAGAGUUUAGAACUGGUAACUCCCCUAUCAUGGUGGCAACAGAUGUUGCUGCUAGAGGUAUUGAUGUCAAGGGUAUCAACUUUGUUAUCAACUAUGACAUGCCAGGCAAUAUCGAGGAUUACGUCCACAGAAUCGGUAGAACCGGUAGAGCCGGUGCGACUGGUACUGCUAUUUCGUUUUUCACUGAGGCUAACAAGGGUAUGGGUGCUCAAUUGAUCAGCAUCAUGAGAGAGGCCAACCAGCAGAUUCCUCCAGAAUUGAUGAAGUACGACAGAAGGCAGUACGGUGGCCACCCAAGAUACGGACGUGGCGGCUACGGUGGUGGCCGUGGUGGCCGUGGUGGCUACGGCCGUGGUGGCCGCGGUGGUGGCCGUGGUUACGGUGGCGGCCGCGGUGGCGGUUUCCAGAAGCCAAGAGACUCCGGCUGGGGCAACAGAAACAUCAACUACUAA